GGUUCUCAUGUGCACCAGCACCUUCCUGGGACUUGGCAAUGGCCCCGGGUAAGUUGCAGUGGCUCGACCUGUCCGCUGCGCGACGGUUCCCUUUCACUUGAAGCUCGUCUCGCAUACACUUUACCCCAGUCCCAAAGUUUAACGCCAUGACCUCGCACCGGACGGCACGACCCCUUUGUGAUCGCACUACAUACGCCUAGCACCGGGCGCGACAUGUAAGCUUCCAUCGGCUGAUCGGGAGGCUCGCUACCACGAAUCGAGGGGGUAUAAUUGCGGGCGGCACCGCUCGACCUUGGCAGCAGGUCCGCCACGGUGCCACACAUCUUGCCCGUGCUUUCUAGAGACACGACCAGGGCCUUGUGCAGCAGCAGCAGCAGCAGCAGCAGCAAAAACAAGUACCAAAACACAGCAGAGGGAAAAAACCCCUCGAACUAGGCAACCAUGCUCCUCGGUCCAGUAUCCUACCUGGACUGCCUGGUAUUCUGCGUGUUCUUGGCGCCGCAGCUCAUCUACCAGGCCGGCCUGGCCGACACCGUCGCGUGCGCGCUGCGGUGCCUCCCGUUCAUAUUGUACCGACUGCCGCGGGACUUUCUCCGCGACCGGUUCGCAUCUUCAGGCCGCCUGACCCCCUUCGCACAGCGGGCCGAUGGCUUCGAAGACUUUGUGAUCCGUUGCGUCCGCUACGCUUUUGCCAACGUACCACCCCGCAUCGCCCGCAUUUUCUUUGACCGCAAUGUCGCACUCCCGUUCCUGAGAUGGCGCAUGCUCCGCCACGGAUACGUCAGGUCGCCUGUUCACUGGCGUGAAUAUGAAGAGAAACACUUCAAAGGAGUCUGGAUCGUUUCGGACCCUUCGAGGCGUCCCGAUGUGGUCUUGUACUACCUGCACGGUGGCGGAUUCUCCAUGGGAUCGGCGUAUUUCUACCUCGACUUCCUGCUCGCCUGGCAUCAUAUCCUGGUAGAGUCCGGGUACAGCAACCCGGCCAUAUUCGGCCUCGAGUACACCCUAGUGCCAGAUGCGUGCUUCCCAACCCAGCUGGACGAAGCGAUCCGCGGCUACAACCACGUCCUGUCAAUGGCCGAAGACCCGUCCAUCGUGGUUCUGGGCGGCGACUCUGCGGGUGCGGCACUUGCUCUCAGCCUCUUGCUUCACCUCGGCCGGGACAAGUCCUAUACGCCCGGGAAGGGCGGGACACCUUCGGGUGCAGCGGAGGUCUGGACGGAGCUUCCGGCCAUGGCGGUGCUGAUAUCGCCGUGGACAACGCUCGUGUCACAAAGCCAGCACAACACAGAAAGCGACUAUCUUGAUGUGGAUACGCUGCACCGAUUUGGCACCAACUACUGUGGGCCAAACCACUCGGUCGAUGAGCCGCUCGUGUCGCCAGGCAGGUGCGAGGAUCGACAGUGGUUGCAGCGGGCAGGGCCGGCCAAAGGAGUUUUUGUGACAUAUGGCGAGGACGAAGUGUUCGCGCCGGAAACAAAGAGGCUCGUCAAGACAUGGCAGGACGCGGGCGUCAAGGUUAGUAGCCUGGGGGAGGAGGCGGGUGUCCAUGCGUGGCCCGUCGCGUCUAUUUUUAUCAGUACACAGAAGGAGCGGCGACUCAAGAGCUUGCGGAGCAUCGUCGCUAUGAUGCGGGAGCAGAUUUCGUAACUCGUAUCAUGCGCGGGUAUUCCACGGGAGGGCGGGGUGAGGGCAGAGGAGGCAGCAGGGGAAGAUGGCAUGAAAAGAUGGUGGGCACGUCAGAUUAGAUCAAGUAAUUCGCCAUCAUCGACGUGACGAUGAAGAGGGAACCUUAGCGAGGCUAGUUCAAGAACCGCCAUCGCUCGGCUUCCAAAACAUCGCUGUUCAUGUCUCUGGGCUCGUAUAUCAUCAUUCGUGCCCAGGUCCAGACAUCCCGCUAGGAGUCUGAACGUCCGGGGGAGGAAAGAAAAGAAAAGAAAACAAAAGGAAAAG